AUGAUUUAUAAAAUGGCUUACUUCCCAACAACAUUUGUUUACAUUUGUAUAGUUGUUUUUACUUUACAAAUUGUACACACUACAGCAGCAAGGACGUUUCAGAUAGAUUUUACAAACAACACAUUUAUUAAAGAUGGAAAGCCAUUUCGCUACAUUUCGGGUAGUAUGCAUUAUUCUCGAAUCCAUCAAGAUUAUUGGAAGGAUCGAUUGCAAAAAAUGAAAGCUGCUGGAUUGAAUGCUGUUCAGACGUAUGUGCCUUGGAAUGUGCAUGAGCUGGAACCUGGAGUAUUUUACUGGGAAGGCAUGUCAGAUUUAGAAAAAUUUAUACAACUUGCCCAAGAGUCUGAUCUGGUGGUGUUGCUUAGACUUGGGCCAUAUAUAUGCGGGGAAUGGGAGUUUGGAGGAUUUCCAGCGUGGCUACUUACAGUUGAACCAAAUAUGGUUCUACGUACCAGUGAUUAUGCUUACCUCAAAUGGGUGGAUAAAUGGUUUACAGUAUUACUGAAGAAGAUUAAACCAUACUUGUAUGAAAAUGGUGGUCCAAUAAUUAUGGUUCAGGUUGAAAAUGAAUAUGGCAGUUAUUUUGCUUGUGACAGCGUAUACCUUGAUUUUCUCGUAUACAAAGUAAAAUCUGAGUUAGGACCAAAUGUGACUUUAUAUACAACUGAUGGAUGUGGUCUUGGCUACCUUCGCUGUGGUAAAGUCAAUGGUUCUUAUGCCACUGUGGACUUUGGCCCUGGUAGUGACCCAACUGGAUGUUUUGGUGCUCAAAGAUUUUAUGAACCUAAUGGACCAUUUAUCAACUCUGAGUACUACACUGGGUGGCUGGAUCACUGGGGAUCACCACAUGCCAAGGUUGACACUAAUUCUGUGAGCAAGAGUUUAGAUCGUCUGCUUGAAAUGGGUGCAAAUGUUAAUAUGUAUAUGUUUAUUGGUGGAACAAACUUUGGAUUUAUGAAUGGUGCCAACAGUCCCCCGUAUGAGCCUGUACCCACAAGUUAUGAUUAUGGUGGUCCAUUAACUGAAGCAGGAGAUAUCACACCAAAAUAUUACGCUGUUAGAGAUAUUAUUUCGAAGUAUCAAAAGUUGCCCGAUAUGCCUAUUCCUCCUAACACAAAUAAGACAAAAUAUGGAAACAUAUCACUAGAAUUUAUCAGCACAGUUCAAGAUGCCCUCCCUUACCUUGCUCCAGCAGGUCCAAAAUUGUCUACUUACCCAGUGCCAAUGGAACAGAUAAACUUUUAUGCUGGAUUUAUUAUGUACAGAUUUGUAUUGUCAAGCAACUUUGUUAACCCUACACCACUCUAUUCCAAAGGAAUUAGAGAUAGGGCAGUAGUGAUGGUUAAUGGGGUACCUUUUGGUUUAAUGGAUAGAACGAUGACAACUGUAAAUAUAACAGGCUCUAUAGGUCAGGCUGUUGAUAUUUUAGUUGAAAAUCAAGGACGAAUUGGAUAUGGUAAAGAUAUCAAUUUCAACAACAAGGGAAUAGUUAGUAAUGUAACUUUGAACAAUGUUAUUGUAACUGGUUGGCAGAUUUAUCCUUUGAAUGUAGAUAACAUUCCCAAUGUAACAUUUUCAUCUCCAUCUAAAAGGUCACAACCUUCAAAAUCACAAGAUGGUCAACUUCUAACACCUUCAAUAUAUGCAGGCUCAGUUAAUAUCCCCAAUACACCUGAUCAACCACAAGAUACUUACCUGGAUCCUAGGCCAUUUGUCAAGGGUCAAGCAUUUGUCAACAGUUUUAACAUUGGCCGCUAUUGGCCAACCAAAGGACCACAAGUAACUUUGUACAUACCCAAGCAAGCUUUCAACAACCCACCUGCAUUGAAUCUACUCUACUUGUUUGAGCUAGAAAAUGCACCCUGUUUGCAGGUGCCUACCUGUCAAGUAUUCCUCACAGAUACUCCAAAUAUAGAUGGACCUAAUGGGCCAGGAACAAAAUCCAGUUUUUACACAUAUCCAAGACGAUAUCAUUAGUUUUAACACCAAUUUAUGCCUUUUUUAUGAUCAAACUGUUAAGUUUUUUAUCCAGAUAUUUUAUUUUCUAUUCUAACAUUCCAACAAAUGUUUAAUUAUUUAACAAAUGAAACAAAAAUUGGGAACUUCCUGUAUUUAUUUAUUUGAUAUAAUUUUUAACCUUUUAAUAAAUCUAUAAACACUCACUUUUUUAAA